GAAUCUCCGCUGUGUCCACUGACGAGUGGCGGCUCGCUGCGAGUGCCCAGGAUGGCAUCUUCGAUUUGAUGUUGAGCCGCCUGAAAUCUGUGGAUUUCUAUGCAAUCCUGGGAGUGGAGAACACUGCUUCUGAAGCCGAGUUGCGUAGUGCAUAUCGUCGACAAGCACUUCGAACACAUCCAGACAAGGGUGGUUCUGCAGAAGCCUUUCGUCAAGUGCUGCAUGCUUUUGAGGUGCUUUCUAGCAUUCGGGCGCGAGCAAAGUACGACUUGCUACGACGUCAACCACGGGAAGAUGUUGCCCCAGCAUGCUUCCCGGAGCCAAAACGCCGCAAGACGACCGGGGAGGACCGGGCCAAGGCCUCCAAGGACGUUCCGAAAACGCCGAAAGCAAAGACGUUGUUUUCCAAGAUCACCAAGUCCUUGAUGAGGCUCAGGAUCCAGCUUGGGCUUGGAUGGGUGGCAUGGAGGCUGGCUUUGGCCAUGACUUCCGCUCAGCGAAAGGUGGCCCUUUCCGAUCUUUCCACGGAGCUGAAAGCAAUGCUCCUGGAUUUCAUGACGACCUACGGGAAGACAGGAGUUCCGACAGAAGCCACGACACCGGAAGGAUCUGAAGGUGCCAAAGAUGCUAAAGUCUUCGAGGAGUUGGAUCCAACGCUGCAGUGUCCAGCCUCCAGCUCUGACGAGACGAGCGAAGAUUCCAAGGAAGAGCCUGCUGUGGAUCACUUGGAGCAUCUUUCGGAUGUGAGCACUGUCUGGGUAGCACCAAAAACGCAAGGAGAAGCUCCUGACCUCAGCCUGGACGCCCAUCUCUCAGACUCUUCGUCCUCUGCGCCCUUGGCGUUAGAGGAUGCGGAUGGACACGCGGGACAUGCGACGCCCAAAAAGAAGCGAGCUUACGGCUGCACUGGGAUGAGAGGUGUGAGCCGCCGUAUCGAUUCCAAAACCAGCAGGGUGUCGUAUCAAGCCUCUGUGUCCUUUGAGAAUGUGAUCUUUCGAUCCAAGUACCGCCAUGACAUUCAGGGUGCACUCGACCAUCAUAUCGUGUUGAUGCAGAUCCGCAACGAAGUGGAACAAGCCAUGCUGGAUGCCCCCCAGCGGAGUUUCGAUGAGAUCUGCCUCAGUGCCUGUGAUGCGAGAGCCUCUGAGCUCAAGGAGAUGAAUGCCGCAUACUGCGUGGAUAUGCGAGCAUUUAGUAUCAAGGUGGGAUCACCUAGCAGUAGCUGCCUGCGGGAAGUCUUGCAAGAUCGACAGCGAAUGUUGCAGGCAAGAGAUGCUGGAGAGCAGGCUUUCUGUGAAGAGUUGGUGUCUGUGAUGACGGCUGAGCGUGAGAACGUCUACAAAAGCCGGCCCGCUGUCUCUCUGGAAAGGGCCCAAGAGGUAGCGCAGAAGUUUAUGGAGGAUGUGCGCAGCAAGCGCAAUCUGCGGGAGAAGAGGUUGGAAAUGAUUCAGAAGCAAAAGGAAGACAAGGAGACCAGGGCCCAAGAACGGCGUCAGCGACGUUUGGAGAGGAAGACCAUGACUUUGCAACAGCGCUGGUUGUGCGCCACAGCCCUGGCUGAGCGACGCUUGACCGCCAUGACCAAGCGGCGGUUGAAGCAGGAGAAACGCGAAGUGAGAGCCAUGCGGCUGGAGGACACCCUGGCUUUGCGCCUGCGCGAGCAUGAACGCAAAGCGAGGUGUCGAGAGGAAGAUCAAAGAAGGCAGAAGUUGAGGAAACAACUGCGAAGUCCCGCCAGUUUAAAAGAUCUGACUUUUGCACAGCAACAAGAACUGGGAGCCAUGGCCAGGGGGGCGCGUUUCCUGAGAGAAAAAGCACGCGGGUUCCAGGUUGAAGAUGGCAACAGCACGCUUUGUUGA